CUCUUUUCCGGGCGCCGGGCGGAUGUGGCGUCGUUCCGCCUUCCGCUGGCGCAUGCGCGAAAGGGGGCCCUUCUCUCGCGGUCUUCCCCUGAGCAGCAGGUAGGGUCGCGGAGUCCCGGCCGGGGCGGCCUAGGAAGGUUCUCCCUUCGCCGGGUUCGCCCGGCCUCGGCCUCCCCCUUCCCGGGCCUUUCCCUUUCCCUCCCCCCCUCAUGCUCCGAGGCCUUCGGAGGAGUUAUAAGGGGGUUUGACCGGGACGUGCGCCCUAUUGGCGGGGUUCGAGGGGGAGGAGCCUGCGGUGGGCGGAGCCACCCUUGGGAACGUUCUUGGGCGGGGCGUGGAGUUCAAGGAGCUUCCUUCCCACGGCAGCCUGGGGAGGGUCCGGGGCUGGUGCCGCCUAUGGCCUGAGCGGAUCUGCCCUGGCCGUGGAUGCACUGCAAAGGUCGUGCAUCCGAGGAAGCAGGCCCUCGACCGCCUAAAAGCUUAGCUGCAGGAGAGGUGCUGGUCCUCAAGGUGCUGGUUCUAAGGCUGCCGCCCCUAUUGAGAGAAUGGAAAUAAAUCUGAUGCGCUGUACAGUGAUACCUCGGGUUACAUACGCUUCAGGUUACAGACUCCGCUAACCCAGAAAUAGUGCUUCAGGUUAAGAACUUUGCUUCAGGAUGAGAACAGAAAUCGUGCUCUGGUGGCGCGGCAGCAGCUGGAGGCCCCAUUAGCUAAAAUGGUGCUUCAGGUUAAGAACAGUUUCAGGUUAAGAACGGACCUCCGGAACGAAUUAAGUACUUAACCCGAGGUACCACUGUACAGACAGAAGGGUCGAAAUUGUUAGCUAGCCAAAGUGGUGGUCGCUGAUCCAAGUGUUGUGGGGCGGGCAUUUAAUGUAAAUAUACCAUUUCCUGUGUCCAUGGAGUUUUCUUGGCAGGGAGACCGGAGUGGCUUGCUGGUUCCCCCUCCAGGUGGAUCACGUUUGGUCUAAACUCUCCACUAUGACCUGUCCAUCUUGGGUGGCUCUGCAGGGCAUAGCUCAUAGCUUCUCUGAGUUAUUCAAGCCCCUUCGCCACGGCAAGGCAGUGAUCCAUGAAGGGGACACAGGAAAUGACCCUGAUGUUGGGAAAGAUGGAGGGCACAAGGAGAAGGGGAUGGCAGAGGACGAGAUGGUGGGACAGUGUUCUCGAAGCUACCAGCAUGAGUUUGACCAAACUGCGGGAGGCAGUGGAAGACAGGAGUGCCUGGCAUGCUCUGGUCCAGGGGUCACGAAGAGUCGGACACGACUAAACAACAACAUACCAUUUCCUCCCUUCCCCCCCCCCAGCAAGUUUUUACAAUGUUUUAUUAAUUUGUUGCAUUUAUAUCCUGCCUUUAUUCUUCAAAAAGCUCAAGGUGGUGGACGUAGCGCUCUCCCUCCUGAUUUAAUCCCCACAACAGCCCUGUGGAGUAGGAUAGGCUGAGAGGCAGCGAUUGGCUCAAAGUCACCCAGUAAGCGUCAUGGCUGAGUGGGAAUUUGAGCCCUGGUCUCCCAGGCCCUGGUCCAACACUCUUAACCACUACGUAUCAAGUUGUAGAAUUUGCUAACUAGGCAGCCGCAGCUAUACAUUUGGCUUAGUAAAAGGUAAAGGGACCCUUGACCAUUAGGUCCAGUCGUGGCCGACUGGGGUUGCGGCACUCAUCUCGCUUUAUUGGCCGAGGGAGCCGGUGUACAGCUUCCAGGUCAUGUGGCCAGCAUGACUAAGCCGCUUCUGGUGAACCAGAGCAGUGCAUGGAAACGCCGUUUACCUUCCAGUUGGAGCGGUACCUAUUUAUCUACUUGCACUCUGACGUGCUUUCAAACUGCUAGGUUGGCAGAAGCAGGGACCGAGCAACGGGAGCUCAGCCCGUUGCGGGGAUUCGAACCGCUGACCUUCUGAUCGGCAAGUCCUAGGCUCUGUGGUUUAACCCACAGCUAUAUGUUCUUGCUGCCAGAUCUCUCUGCCUCUUCACAACACACACGUGUGUUCAAGUCCCCAUGUGUACAGUGGCUUGGAGAAGAUACUGAGAAACACUUUUUGGUCCUAAUCUUUUGUUUCUCUGUUCAAAUGGGGGGAAAUCCUCCCCUGAGCUGUCUCUAUGUACUAGAUUGGAGGUGGUCAGAAGGUAAAUCAGGAUCUAUGGGUAGAUCCAGUUAUUGGCAAAGGUUUCUGAUUCCUUUUUUCAGUGGUGAACAGCCCAGCAUUGCUACUGAUGGUGACCAGUCAGACAUCUAUUGGAAGUUCAUAAACCGGUUAUGAAGAUAACCAUAUUAUUGGUUUGACCCCAGUUUUGUGUUGCUGGGAAGUAUAUUGUCCCUCCGCAUAGGGAUGGGGGACCUGUGGCCCUCUAAAUGUUGGACUACAGCUCCCAUAAUUUCUGAGCAUUGGCCAUCCUGACAUGGUCUUAUGGAAGUUGGAGGGGUCCAACAACAUUGGAGGGCCACAGGUUCCCCAUGCGGACUCCUUUUAGCUAUUCUAGCUAAUAUCUAUUGAUGCCUAAUCCCUUUUCAUGAAAAAAGAAAAAAACAAGAUGCCUUGUUGAGUAGCUGUUUUAAUGAAUGGCACAUGCUAUUAAUUGUACUGGUUCAUAAUAGUAGCUUGUGUAUAGAUGAGCAAUUGAAACCACCUUAAGCUCAACAACCCAUUACAGGUAAUACUGUGGGAAGCAAAUGUGCUUCCAGUUGUGUGGCCUUGCCCUCAGGUUGCAUCCACCCUUGGAGCAGUCUGGGGGAUAGCAACUUUAAGGAAGAUGUCAGGCCUUGCAUGGUACUGCACAGUGCAAAUGCUGAUCCUGAGGGUACAGAUACUGAAAAUCAUGCCAGGAUAGUCAUCUGCAAGGCAAAUUGCAUGGAUCAGUUGCUUACGUGCAGCUGAUCUGAUAGAUGCAGCCCAGGUUUAUCAGAGAACACCUGAACUAUACUAUUUGUGUGCUAGCUUUGAUUAACAGGAACACAGAGAACCUUUUAUGGCAAUUUUUUUAUAGUUCUGUCUUCAAGGGCCUCUAAAUAUUUUGGCAUCUUCCAGAGGUGAUAUACAGCACACCUUGCUUAAGCAAAUAAUAUUUAUGCAAAGUUUAUUCUAGUAGUAUAUUUUAUUUCUUUUUUUAAGAAUUGCACUGGUCCUAUUUUAUAAAUAUCACAAUACUGUCUAUUCUGAGCCCUUUGGGGACAGGAUAUGAUAUAAAUGCAAAAUAAAACACAGGCCUCUUAAGUGUGUUAAAUGGGGAGUUUAGGGCACCAGGAUCAAAUCUAGAAGAGCCAGCACCAAAACUUUAGCAUCUCUUUCCUUCCUAAUUGGGGUGCCCCAAAUGUUUGGUCAGCCAAACACUACUUUGUCCAGCCAUGCUUGUGCUGAAGAACUAAAUUAUUGUGCUGUGUAGGGGCCUUAUUACUCACGAUAUGUUUUUGCAUAGUUGCCUGAAUUAAUGGCCUCUCUUCCACUUAAUAUGGCUGUGCAUCGUUUUUUGUAGUCCUCCGCUAAUUAACUGCCACACAUCUUUAAAGCCUUGUGGGCUUCUAUUGGUAGCAAGUAAUAGAAAUUGUAGGCACACUUUCUCCUAAUGCCAUGUUGUUUGGUUCUUUUCCAGCUGUUGAGUGUGGCCACCCCCAACGUCCCUGAAUAUGUAUACCUGUGCAAAGUUCGUCUCUGCUCCCGCCCUUGUGAGUAACUUAAGAUGUGUCUUGUAUUUUUCAAUAAUGCAUUGUUUCAAAUCACAAGUCAAGUAUUUGCCUAUGUUGGCUAGUAGGUUAAAAAGGAUUAAUAACCUGCAUAACUGUAACUUUGCCAUCUUGUAUGGAAAAUAAGACAAAUCUGUAAUGCAGCAGCUUCCACAGGUUCUUUUAGUUUCUGUUGCCAUUUUAUCUUUCAUUUGAAAAAGGAGGAGCAUAUUACUAGUUCUCAUGAUUGCAAAGAAAAACAUCUGAAAACAUAAUGGCAGCUUUUGCCCUAGAACUAUAAAUCAAAGUGUGUUGGAGAAGCAUUUAAUGAUGGAUGGAGCUUGGCAGAGCUCUUAGUUCCUGUCCCUCUGUUCUUAAGACAGCUAGUUUCCCCUCCUUCCUUUUUCUAAAAACAAAACAAGGCAUGAACACACAUCAGCACUCAUUUUUUAAGUUGCAUGCUGGACCUUGCAAUUCUAAAAUGAAAUCACGCCACUCCUUUCUGUUCUGGUCUGCCCCUGUCUCUCUCGCCCCCCGCUGCCCCCUGGCAGCCCAGGUCAGAAUAUGGCUUUCACUGCCAUUGUCAUGUCACAUUCCCAGCACCACAAUGUAGUAGAACUAGGGGGUCCUUCUCCCCCCCCCCCAGCAGACCACUGGAAGUUGCUACACAUAACGAGAGGUGGGCAAAACUGAAAAUAGCAAUACCAUGCAAACAUCAUUUUAGUUGUAUGCCGCCUUUCCACAGUUAAAACCAUUCUCAGGGUGGCUUACAACAUGAAAAGAUACAUGAUUCAAGCACAACAAAUGUCAAACAAUAAAUAAAACAUCCAAAACGUACACAACCAAAUUGAACAACUUACACAUGAAUCCUAAUAAAGAUACAAACAUGUAAUAUCAAUAAGAGCAACCAACACACACCCCGAAAUCCCUUAAGCAAUACUCCAACCAUUCCUUCUGUGAUAUUGGGAUGCAGUGCUGUGUUCCAUUCACUUUUCCCCAGCCCUGUCUGUGAGAGUUGCUAUCAAGAGUGGAGUGGGAUCAGGAGAUUCUCCCCAGCCGCUUCUUACUUGCAGGAGUUCUUAAGCAUCCUUUUAUUUGGGGCUUGACCCAGGAAGUAACUGGUGGCUGGAGGUCAUGCUACCUGAAAGGCCUUAAUCUGCUCCCUUGGUUGGUGUCUGAAUCAUGGGGGCUGUUCCCGCAUCACUUUACUGAAGAUCUUACUUUGAGUCCCACGCAAAUGGCAAAUACAGAAUGACCAGGUAGCAUCACAUCCCAGGUGUGAAAUGGGUGGAGAAAGGGCAAGGUGCCUUCCUCUCAUAUUAUUAACUGCAGCAUUGGCAGGCAGAGGACAAAGUGCAAGCUAUUGGGCCACACGACAUAGUUUAUUGUUCUAUUUCAUAAGAUUUAUAUAAUGCUUGAUCGUAGAAAAAACCUCAGUGCUUUAUAAUUAUAUAUUGCUUUGCAUUACAAAAAAUCGCAAAGCAAUUUUCAAGCAGAGUAAAAAUACAAACAUGUUAAAAAUAUCGUUGGAGUACAAACAUCCGGUCAUUGGUGCUAUCCAAAUGCCUGGAAGCAACAAGGCAAAAUGUCCUGUAGAAACCUCCCUUGAAUCUGAGGUGUUUGCUAAAGAAUAUAACUUUCUGAGAAUCUUACUUCAGGCAAACGUCAAGUGGUUUUCAUGAAAUCAUUCAAGAUGAUGGCAUUUCCUCCUCCGCACUGAAACCUCCUUCAAAAAUGGGUGCCCAAGCAGGGAAAUCUGAUGUCUAUUCCACCACCACAUUGGCUUCCUCCAAAUGACCAUCAGGAAAUUCCACCUGGUUAACACUUAGUAGGGACGUGGGUGGCGCUGUGGGUUAAACCACAGAGCCUAGGGCUUGCCGAUCAGAAGGUUGGCGGUUUGAAUCCCUGCAACGGGGUGAGCUCCCGUUGCUCGGUCCCUGCUCCUGCCAACCUAGCAGUUCGAAAGCAUGUCAAAGUGCAAGUAGAUAAAUAGGUACCGCUCCGGCGGGAAGGUAAACGGCGUUUCUGUGCACUGCUCUGGUUCACCAGAAGCAGCUUAGUCAUGUUGGCCACAUGACCCGGAAGCUGUACGCCGGCUCCCUCGGCCAAUAAAGCGAGAUGAGCACCGCAACCCCAGAGUCGGCCACGACUGGACCUAAUGGUCAGGGGUCCCCUUUACCUUUACCUUAACACUUGGUAGUGGGGGGGGGGGCAAAUAUGUCCCAUCCCCAGGUGCUGUCUCUUCCACUCUACAGUGGGUCCCAAGUAGUUGAAAGGGCUGAGUUUCAGCCCAGCCUCUGCGUUCUGCUGGUUCCUGAAGCUGUAAGAGGCUUGAUGUAUAGAAAUGGCCUCCAGGAGCUUCGCUUUCAUUUACAAAUAGAACAGAAUUCUAGCAUUAAUUGCUGAUGUGCAUUUCAGCAAAGUGUUCAGUGCUGGGGAAAACCAGUAGGGGCUCAGAAGGAUUUCUGGUGGCCAAGGUUUUAGUGCAGGGAUAAGGAACGCUUUUCAGCCUAAGGGCCACUGGGCAACCUUUUGAAGGCCGCAUGCUCAUGGUAGGCAUGGUCAGAGGUAAAAGGGAGCAGGGGAACAAUUUGUACAGUAGGCUAGUUUCUACACACACACACAUACACCCCUCUGUUCUCCACCUGUGCGAGGAUGAUCAGUGGUCAAGGAACACAUUUCAACUAGGCAAAAACACUCAAGGGUGUGAAGCAGGGCUGGUAAAGGGGAGUGGCCUUAGGGAGAGUGCCAAGGGCCAGACAGAGAGGCUUGGAGGGCCACAUUUAGAUCUUGGGACUGAUGUUCCCCACUGUCUUGCAUAUGCUGCUGCCCUUCUCAUGUCUAGCCAAAACAGAACAAAUUAAGGCAAUCUGAGAAAACUUACUUAGUAUAUGUAAAAGUUAUCCAGCUUGCCAGGCUCAAGACUUGUAACUUUUUUGCAGAAUAUGCACUGCAUUGAUGAUGCAUGGGAACGGAACAGGGUACCUGCCAUGUAGAAUAAUAAUAAUAAUAAUAAUAAAAAUUAUUUAUAUCCCGCCCUCCCCAGCCGAAGCCGGGCGGCUAACAACACUAAAAUAGUGCAACAUUAUAAAAACAUUAUAAAACAACAUGCUUUACAUGGUGGAGGGCAAGGUAGAACUGGGGUGGGAGUCACAUGUGGCUAAUAGACCACCAGUUGACUACGGUUUAGACUAGUGCCUUUUCUGCAGUGGCUCCUCAUUUGUGGGAUGCUGGGCCCGCCUUCAUUAUACUCCUUUAGGCUGAUUAACAUCCGAUAGCCUUUUAAAUGUGUGAGGGCGGAGGGUGUUUUAGUUCUUAUUUUUAUUACGAAUUUUGUGUUUUUUAUCUUGUAUUUUUAUGUUAUGAACCGCCCUGAGUUCUACGGGUGAAGGAUGGUGUACAAAAUAAAUAAAUAAUCAGUCAGUCACACGAUCAGUUCUCUGCUGCCACUGGCCACCUGAUUUUGUUCUGAAAUUUAAAUCCAUGAGAUACAAGCCCCAUUUCAGAAUAUGUUCUUUACCGGGGAGAAUUGUUGCUGUGCUGACCAACGAAGGCAUGCUCAGGUCAUGGUUUCACUAUCAUUUCUUCUAGUUACAGGCUGUCUCAGACUAGAAUGCGUUUGCAAGAAAGUCCUUGUUGUCAGGGAGAAUUUUUCUUCGUUGCAUGCAUUCUCAGCUUGUUUAUUUCCCCUCUUGCAGAUAAAGAACAGUUCCCGGCUGCUCUGUAGGCCCAUCUCUGCCUCUGUGCUGAACAGGCCUGAGGUCAGGACGAAGGAGGUAAAUCUGGUGUGGUACGGCUUCCAGCUACAUCCAAGGGGAAAGAGACCCUUGGAUCUCAAAAACAUAAUGCUGAUGUAACCAGCAAAGGUUGUCUAGGGCAAUACUCAGUGGCCGAGUAGAAAAAGGAAAUAAGAAGGAGAUCCUUUCUAGAACUGCUGGCUCUGCUGGGCCUUUUGGAUUAUGUGUGCAGCAGCAGUGCUCAACUAUAUACCUGACCUACAAUUUAUUAUUUUAGAUCUCAGUCACUAGGAGGCAUGAUGCUACAGGGCUGGUUUUUUUCUUGGAUAAUUUUAUUGUUUAUUUAACAUAAUUGUUAUAAAAUAUAAGCAAAAUGUUACGAAUACAGAUAUAUAUAUAUUUCAAAUAAGCACGUACAGUGGUACCUCGGGUUACGUACUUAAUUCGUUCCGGAGGUCCGUUCUUAACCUGAAACUGUUCUCAACCUGAACCACCACUUUAGCUAAUGGGGCCUCCUGCUGCCGCCGCCGCGCAGCCAGAGUACGAUUUCUGUUCUCAUCCUUUAGCAAAGUUCUUAACCUGAAGCACUAUUUCUGGGUUAGCAGAGUCUGUAACCUGAAGCGUAUGUAACCCGAGGUACCACUGUAUAUAUAUGAAAAAAGGAACAAAAGAGAGAAAAAGCUGUUUUUUUCUUAAGCUGUACAAUUAAAGUGUCUGCCUGGUAACUAAGGAACACUUUUUGAUACUCUAGUAUUUAUCAUUCUUCUAGACCACCUUUCCUAUGGGGAGUGCAGGGUGGUUUGUGUUGGGCUAUCCCAUGGUAUCCUCACAACCAUAAGUGUAACUUAAACCAAGCUCUUGGGGUUGUAGGGAGAAAGUGAACAGAUGACCAGUUUACAAAAUUUCUAAGUUGGUGGGGAUCUGCCUCACCUCUUUCUAGCUUCAAGGAACACUUUCCAGAUCAACUCCUCAUUUAUUUAUUCCAUUUUUAUCCUGCUUUGUCCGCUCUCACCCAUUACUCCUCCUAAGGUAGAGUCGGCUAAGAGAUGAUGGCUGGCCCAAGCUGACCCACUAAGCUUUAUAGCUGAGCAGGGAUUUAAACCCACGUCUCUCUGAUCCUAGUCUGACAAGCUAACCACUACAUGACAUUGGCUUUUUAUUUACUUACUUUAUUAUUAUUUAACAGAAUUUGUAUACCGUUAAAUUGCAAAUUUACAAAGAAUAUAAAAUAUAUAUUAAAGUUGUCAGUAAAAGUUAAAAACAUUUAAAGCCCCCCCCCACACACACACCAAAGAAUAGAUAAAACCCAACAUUAUAAACUUAAAUUGCAGAUUUGAGGAGCCUCUCAUGCAGGGUGCUGAACUUCAGUAUUUCUCUGCAUGAACUGUGGGGACUCCAUAGCACACACAAGUCCCCUGUAGCUGUAGAGAAGAUUUAAUUGACAACAACGAGGCACCACUUUCCUAGAAGCAGCAGUGCAGAUGUGGCUGCAUUGCUGACCUGGAUUCCCAAAACUAUAGGCUGCUCCUUCCUUGGAGUAAGCUACUUUUAACUCAGUAGGACUUGUGCUACUGAGACAAGUAUUGCACCAUAAGCAGCCCCCGUCCCUGGCUUGUUGGCCAGUAUUUAUCCAAUUCAGAAUCUCCACUCCCAGUUUUCUGGGGCAGUGUUUGAAAAAAUCAGGGUUAAAAUUGAAGUUUGAUUUACAUGGAAGUAGAAUCCUGCCAUUUAGUUUACAAGCAGCUUCAAAGCAGUAUCUUAUUCUCCAUUUCUUCUUCUUUUUGCUCCUUAGCCUUGUCGUCUCUCAGGUGCUCACAAUGAGCUCUUGCCAGUGUUGCGCCGGGAGUUCCAAACCAGCACUGUUUCCAGGGACAUUGAUACUGCCGCCAAGUUUAUUGGUGCUGGCGCUGCCACCGUAGGUGUAGCUGGCUCUGGUGCUGGCAUCGGGACCGUAUUUGGCAGUCUUAUCAUUGGCUAUGCCAGGUAUGUUUGGAUUUUUGAGCACCACGUUUUUAAGUCUGGAGUUAUGGUCUUCAUUCACUUGCUGCUUACAGAGAAGCCAGGCAGUGCUGCUGCCAACUGCUUGCACUCAUUAUUGUUGUCUUCCUGUUUCUUCAGACCUGAUUUGGGCCUCUUAUGUAAAACAUGUUCGCAGUGCAUUAUAAACUGGCAAAGUUCUGUUGAGAUUUUUCAGGGUUGCUGUGCCUUUAGUUAGAAGCUUCCUCCUUGUAGGUUCUGCUUCUGAUUGCUUUCCUGUUGCUGUGGCAUUAUUGAUAAAUUGGCUUGUGAUUAUUCAGUCCCUUUUGUAGGGACUAGUAAUAGGGGGAGUAGUACUUCCUCUUCAUUGUUUUCAUUUUCCCUAAAAAUGCAAAAUAGUCCUGUUUCACAAAGAAAAAAGAGAGGAAUCCAGUAAUUAAGCCCACUGCAGGGAACUGAUUUACAGGACUAUUUAUCAGUAAUGCCAUGUAUGUUCUGAAAAGGAAACACUAAUAGGCAAAAGCCACAAGGGGAAGCUAUUAAUUGAGAAUGGCGGGGCCCUGUGCUGAAUGGAAAUUUAAUUCAAUUGUAUUAAGUAAAUACAACUGAAGGAUCUUGGCUUUUGGGGUGGGUAUUGCCAGAUUAAUACAGCACUAUAUUACAAGCUGUACUGAAUCACUGUUAAUUCCAUUUCCAGCUGAAUCCAGAAGAACAAUGCCUUCACAGUGCUAAAGGGCACUAGUGUGGCAGCAACCCUAGUAAACAUUUUGUGGGCUAGUUAAAUUUGUAGACUUAAUCAGUGCUUUUUUCCUAGAAAAAUAGGUGUCAGUACUCACCAUGAAGUUAUUGUAGUAAAUGCCACACUUUUAAAUAAUACUGAAAGAAGUGUCGGUACCAUGUGCCCUUGAAUACCCCCUGGAAAAAAGCACCAGACUUAAAAUUAUAAAGCUGGCUGGGCUGAUACUAUACUGCAGGCAUAGGCAAACUCGGCCCUCCAGACGUUUUUGGGACUACAACUCCCAUCAUCCCUGACCAGUGGUCCCGUUAGCUAGGGAUGAUGGGAGUUGUAGUCCCGAAACAUCUGGAGGGCCAAGUUUGCCUAUGCCUGCUAUACUGCUAGACCUUUCAACAACCACACACCUGAACAGUACUUGGCUGGAAGGGAUGGCUACUCCCUUGACACCCUGUAUCUGGGGAGAUGGUAGUACUACAGGAGAACCUUAAAUUGUAGCAUUGGAAGGGAUCCUAAGGGUAAUCUAGUCCAACCCCUGCAAUGCAGAAAUCGCAACUAGAUCAUAUAUAAGAAUCCAUUGGUUCAGGUCCUAGCCUCUGGAAUAGGAGAAAACAAGCUUGUUCCAUCCUCCAUGUGAUAGCCCUUUAGAUAUUUGAGGAUGGCUAUCAUAUCUCAUCUCAGUCUCCUCUUUACCAGGCUAAAUGUACCCAACUCCCUCAACUGUUCCUCACAAGGCUUGGUUUCCAGACCCUUGAUCAUCUUGGUCUCCCUCCUCUGCACACAUUCCAGCUUGUCAAUAUCCUUCUUAAAACUGCAGUGCCCAGAAAUGGACACGGUACUCUAGGUGUGUCCUGGCCAAGACAGAAUAGAGCAGACCUGUUACUUCCCUUGAUCAGGACACUGUACUUUUGUUGAUGCAAGCUAGGAUGACAUUAGCUUUUUUUGUGUGGCUUCAUCACUUUUCCAUUGAUGGUUAUCCUGUCUGUCUGUCUCCUUCCCUUGCAGAAACCCUUCCCUGAAGCAGCAGCUCUUCUCCUAUGCCAUCCUGGGUUUUGCACUCUCUGAGGCCAUGGGGCUGUUCUGCUUGAUGGUGGCGUUCCUCAUUCUCUUUGCAAUGUGAAGGAGCCAGAUGUGCUGCCUGUCAUGUGCUCUCCUCUCUUUCCCCCCUGUGUUUAGUCCAGUGUGUACGACAACCUGAUUGUUCUGUGGCAGAUAGGGGAAGCCCGUCUGUUAACCAAAUCUGUCCAGCUCAGAGGGGGCAAGUCAAUAAAUACUGUAUUGGUAUACAUUUUCUUGAUUUUUUUGUUUUUGUUUUAUGGGUAACUGGCCCCCAGUCCUUUCUGCAUCAUUAGUCAGUGAAUCGCACAGUAUCAUGGAAUGCAUUUAACUUGUAUUCAGCACAUCCAAUUGAUUCCUGAAAAACCAAAGUCCUACCAUAAAUCUGACGUCGGUGAGGUUUUCUUUCUGCUAUUUUCUAAGUAGAAUGGUUUACCUAACAGUAUCUCAGUGAAUUUAAUCAGGCUUCCUCUUGGUAAGUGUGGAUAGAAAUGCAGCCCUGGAAUACCUAUUACUGCUUCUGAUGAUGCUGAAUGGAGGUCAUUAUCUCAGCAAAUUACAAAGAGUUUUGCAUAAAUACAGCUUAUGUUGUUCAGCUUUUGGUGAGCUUUUUGGCUCCUUGUGUUUUAGUAAAUUAAAACAUGACCUAGAAUCAACCUUUGAAUCUUUUCUCUCCCUUUUAAAAGCACUGUUCUGCUAAGGUCAUGGAGCACAUCCUUUAUAUUGAUUUGCUCCCUAGUAAUUUAAGGCAACACUGUGCUUAUGUUGCUUCUGUGCUUGUAACUUAUCCUAGCCAAUGCUGUUUUUAAAACACAAGGAAACUGAAGCCCAGAAAGGCGAAAGCAGGGAUGGGGACCUCUGGCCCUCUAGAUGUUGUUGGACUCAAACGCCUUUCAGAUCCAGCCAGCAUGGCCUGGAAGCAAGUAUGGUGGGGCCUGCAAUCCAGCAACAAUGGGAGGGGACAGGUUCCCC